AUGGAGAAGAUCAAGAGCGUCCUUCACGGACACAAGAAAGAUGACACUGUCGCCCACGAUGCGCAGACAUCGUCGUCCACUGCUGACGGUCAGCAACACCCAAUCUACGACCAGAUGAGCGCCGGAAACGAGGGUCGGAAUACAACUGCGGGACAUACAGGACAGCCAAUAUACGAGAUCAAGACCACCAGUGGGGCCCCAUACACAGAGCUAGCCCAGCCAAGCGGUUCAGCCGGCCUCCACGCACAUGAUGCUCACGGAAGACCUGCGCAAGUCGGUACAGAUGCACCCAUUGGAACUACCAGUACAGCUGCAACUGGCGCUCAAUACGACCCCAGCAGGACCCAAGACCACGCCACGACUUCGCAGCCACUUGGGAAUGCAGGCACAGCUGCGGAAGGUGCACAUCGCCCUGAUGCCUAUCCUCAUGGUCAUGCCCAAGAACCGAGCGUUGCGAGCAUCAAGAGCGGCGUAAUCGGAUUUGGCGCGGGAGCGAAUCAGGGACAUGCUGCCAUGCCGACGCACAUGCCUACUCAGGAGCUGAGUCAAGACCAAGUAGUUGGAGGUGGAGAUCCUGGAAGUGCUGGCUCGACUGAAGGAAGGGGCGUAAACCCUGGCCAGACACAUUCUCAAUCCGGCAUGACUGGCAGUAGGCCAUUAGGCUCUAACCCUGCUUAUACCACAGAGCACCAACCUUAUGAGAACACUCUGCGACAGGAGAGCUACACCGCGGAUACUGAUCGAUCUUUCCCUCUCGCUGGAGGUGUUGUUACAAAACCUCAUGACGAUCCCGCUUCCACUCGUCAUCAGACUGAACACAUUUCGCCCGUCCAUAGCAAGGGAAUCAGCGAGCGUGAGCCAGGCACAAAAGAGAAGCAGGUUGGUAUACAUAAUAGCGAGAGUCCUGUUCAUGACAACUAUGGACGCGAAGGACUGGCUGGAGCAGCAGCGGCUGCCACUGCCAUUGGCGCCUCCAAGACACUGUCACGGUCAGAAGAGAGAGAUGUUCAGGAUCGAGGUCUCGAGACUCGCCAGGCUACAUAUGGAGAUGUUUCGCCAGCUGCUGCUACGACGAAUACCCAGACAGGCAAUAUCCCAAGCCAGCCGACAUCUGAUUACCAUCCCGAGGCUCUGGCUGCCGCGACUGUUGCUGCUUCGAGAUCUUCUGACCUUCCACCGUCUACCCAGAGACACGAGUAUGGAGCUCAGGACAUCAACCCAUCUGGAACUACACAUUCUUCGAUUGCUGCUACUCCCACGACUGGGAUGUCAGGCACCAGUGAACGACCUCUAAAUCCCCGACUUGAGUCGCAUAGACACGUUCCUGGCGAAUAUAUCGCAACACCGAGUGACGAGAAAACGUUCCUUAAUUACGCUCCUGUCAUUCAACCUGUUUCCACUGAACCAAGUGGAAACCUAUCGAAUGUAGAGCCUACGUCUACAUUGGAUCCAUCUCACGUUCAGUCUUCUGUGGACACUACGUCUACAAGCGAGCCUCACGAGCUUAGACAUACGGGAACACUCGAAGAGCCUCGGCCAAAAUCAGCUGACGACCACAACUAUGGCCGCGACGCUGCAAUUGCCGGAGGCCUCGGUGCUGGGGCUGUGGGUUUGGGCGCUCAUACAGCUUCAAAGAAGCACGAUGCCCAGGACGUUGGUAGUAGUCAGCCUCUUUACGAGGAGUCCAGCCCAUACAGUAGUAAAGUACUCGACCCUCGCGUUUUGGGUGAUAAGUCCAGGCUAGAGGAGCAAAAGUUCGACGAGCAGAGGUUCGAUCCACAGGCCAAGACUGAGGCAGCCCCUAGCGCCGGCUCAACUAUCUCUGGACCUCCAGUCUCCCAUGAUCCGUCUCAGACAGCUGGCUCACAGCAUCACUAUGGUCGUGAUGCUGCAGUACUUGGCACAGGUGCCGCAGCAGCCGGCGGGAUGCACCACGCCCUCAACCGAAAUGAUACUCCUAGCGCUGGCACUGCAGUGCCUCCUGAAGGCCCCUCUUAUACUUCCAGUACUGGAUCCGGUGUCGUUGCUCCUCAACCAACUUCAAACUUCUCAAAGCCUCUUCCUACCGCAGGCACCUCAACUGCUCAACCUGUAGGACAUGAUAACUUUUAUGGCGCGACAGGAGCUCCUGCGCCAAUUUCAGACACAACUGCUCAGCAGCCAUCAAGUAAUCUUGGUCAGGCACCUGCCGCCACCGCAGUUCCAGAGAGGCACCCUGAGCACCAUUAUGGUCGUGAUGCGGGCCUAGCAGGAGCCGGAGCUGCUGCUGCUGCUGGUGGCCUCUACGCUGCUAAUCGUGACAAUACAGACAGUGGACCAGCUUCAAACACUAUCGGACCUCACUCCAGCAAUGCUGCAAAUAUCAUGGAUCCUAGGGUUCAACCAGAUCCUAGUAAACAGAUACACCACAACGUUGGACCCACGGCUGAGGACCCUGCUUCGCGAACGAUCGGGCCGCACGACAGCAACAUUGCUAAUAUCGUGGAUCCAAGAGUCAAACCUGACCCAUCAAAGCAAAAGGGACACACCACAGUCGGACCGCACCAGUCAGACACACUGAACCGCCUGGAUCCCAAGGUCGACGAAAAGGCUGGUCAACAAAGUGGACAUCACUAUGGCCGUGAUGCUGCUGUUGUCGGAGGUGCAGGCGCCGCCGGUUACGGAGCAUACGAAGCCACAAAAGCGUAUCGGGAUCACAAUAUCACACAGCCAGGAGCAAACGAAGCUACAAAUAUCCAUGGCAACCAGAGCAUGACACAGCGAGCAUAUGAAGCUAUCAAUGCAUAUGGCGAUCACAGGAUGACACAACCUGAAGCUUCUAUGCCAGACCAGAGAUACGACCCUACCGCUACCAGCGCACGUGCUCCCAACCCCAUCUCAUCAAGGACUCAAUACGACUACAACGACCCUACUACUCAAAGCAAUGUGAAUCGCACUGACCCCAACGACCACAUCAAUAGGAACGCUGCUCUGGGUGGAGCAGGCCUUGCGGCCGCUGGAUUAGGAGCCGGAGCUUAUGCAGGAUCCAAGCAUAACGAUAACACAACUCAACUUCCUCUUCGUCAAAAACAAGACUUUGCGUCUUCCGAUCAGCCUGCAUACCCAGUUCAAGGCGCGACGCAGUCUUCUUAUCCCAUGCAUGAGACAGCCACGGAUGCAUCAUACCCUACCUCAGGUACCAUCGCACCACACAACACACAUGCUCAAGACCCUACGAUUCAACCGUGGGGGGCUAAUGCCACAAAUGAGAAUCACGACAAGCGCAACGCUGCUGUUCUAGGUGGCGCUGUGGGUGCAGCAGGGUUGGGCGGCGCAGCCUACGUCAACUCUCAGAACCAAGACGAGCGCGAAGCCGAAGAGCGCCUCAAGAAGAUUGCUCACGAAAAAGAGAAGGAACAACACAGGCUUGACAAGGAACAGCAUAAGCAUGACAAAGAAGUCCACAAGCACGACAAGGCUCUUGCAGCUCAUGAGAAGGACGAACAUCGUCUGGCUAAAGAACAUGAGAAGGAGCAGGCACGCCUGAUCAAGGAGCAAAAUCAGCGCGAGAAAGAGCUUGGAAAGGAGAAUGAAGGCGAGGAGAAGAAGAAGGGUGGUCUUCUUGGAUUCUUGCACCGUGACAAGUCCAAGAAAGAGAAGUCUUCUGCUAGCCCUGAGUCUUCACCACGCCAGUCUCGAGACUACAGCCCCAGGCACUCCAGGGACUACAGCGAUGAUAACCCAGACUCGCCACGCUGGAAGGGCAAGCACCUCUUGCACAAGGACCCACCCAAGGGCCAUCCCGCGCGUGAAGCUAUGGAGCACCAGCAGCACCAGACUGAUCCGUAUGGCUCCAUAGGAAAGAAGGAACACAUUGGUGUGGAUGGUCCGAUCGGUGACCCAAGUAUGAUCUCUGGCGACCGCGAAACUCGAAAGGGUGUGUACGGCGCGCAUCCUGUCUCCGACCUGGACCAUAACAACACGGUCACCGAGCCACACACCGGUUUGCCUAUGAACACCGAGCGCUACGGCACUGGCAUUGGCGGAACGGAUGGUAAUCCUGCUAUUCAUGGCCAUCAUCAACACGACGUUCCUGGUGCAACAUCAGGCCAAACUGCGACGGAUUGGGAGGCAAUCAGAAAGGCUGACACGCCAUACUAG